AUGGCGCUGCCACUGGCGUUGCCCAAGAUGACGCUGCCACUGGCGUUGCCCAAGAUGACGCUGCCACGCGAGCAGCGGAUCCUCGCGCUCGCUAUCUUCCGGUCCGUGUACGGCCACUGUCGGCCUCGUAUCCAGUACGUCGUGCCGGCGUCCGAGCCGUGGCCAGAGCACUUCCACGGCCUCGCGCUGGGCCGGCUGGCUGACAAUGCCCGCAGCUCGUGCAAGAUGCUCGAGCCCGACAACUUUGCGCAGCUCGAGGCGAUAGGCUUUGCGUGGGCGCUGCACCUCAACAACCAUCGCAUCAUCGUGUCGAUCAACGGCCGGCGCAGCCUCCAGCGCGUCCAGCUGUCCGCGCUCGUCGCCGCCCUACAGACGCACCACGACCGGUACGGCCACCUCGACAUGCCUAAAGACUUUGUCGUGCCGCACGACGACAGCGCGUGGCCGCCCGAGGCUGCUCACGUCGUGCUGCGGUUCGCGCCGCAAGCGCUGCGGACCAACUUUUAUGCGCUCGCUGACGACGACGUCGCGAUCGUCCAUGGCCUCUCGCUGUGCAAGGACCUCUUGCCGUGGGCCGACGUCCUGCGCUUGCUCUCGCUCUACAAGACCAACACAGGCUGCAACUUUGUGCCGCUGGACUUUGUCGUACCGCCAACGGACGCGUGGCCCGCUUGCCAUGCCGGCGUUGGCCUCGGCGAGGUGGUGUGGUACCUCGGCAUCAAGCGCGCCUUGCUGCCGCCAAAGCGCCGCGCCACCCUCGCCGAACACGCCAUCGCGUUCAACGUGCCGGCGACGUGGGCGGGUGUUGUGCGCGGCCUCGAAAUCUACGUGGCGCAUGUGGGCAAUGCCAUCGUGCCCCGAGGCUUUGUCGUGCCAGACGAGUGGGAGCCUCAACUGCGCGGCCUCCGACUCGGGUACUUUGCCGCCAAGCUACGCCAAGCCAGCACGCUCUGGCUGCUGCCGCGUGAAACCCAAGAGAUUGUGGCGGCGCUCGACGCCUCGGUUGCCAACGGCGUCCGGAUCCCACGGCCGACGGUGCCGGCAUCGGGGACGACCGCUGCCAACGCACAGGAACCGCUCCGUAGCGUCCAUGCCCCGACCAACGGCAUGUCGGUGCAGCCGCCAGUGCGCCGGCCUCGGCUGGACGUCGCGUGUUUGCCCAUCGAGAGUAUCAGCUACUACACCCUUUCACCGACCAUGAGUUCGCAACACUUGGCAGCAACUGACGCCUUGCGACCGUCCAAGCGACUUCGGAUCUACGCGCCGGAGUCGCCGUCGACGUCGUUUCUUCAGCCUGUCUCUACCGCGUCGGCGGUCGGGUCGGACGACGGCUUGUCGGACCUGCCCCCCGCAACAAGUAAUGACGUGAUCGAGAGUGCGCCACGGCGCAAAUGGACGUUCCACGACAAGCUCACGGCGCUGGGGUGCUACCGCGCCGAGAACGGCCACCUCGCCGUGCCGCAGGCGUUCCGCGUGCCCCCGACGGCGGCGUAUCCCGUCUCCUUGCACGACAUGCUGCUCGGGAUCGUGGUUUCCGCGCUGCGUCAAAAAGACUCGAUGCUGUCGCCCGAGCAGCAACGGGACCUCGACACGCUCGGGUUUCUCUGGCGCGUCCGCGGGUCAGUCGGCCGCUGCAUUGUCCAAUGCCCCAACACGUUGGUCUGCGCGGCGCGGACCAUCUCGUGGCAAGAUCAGAUCCAAGCACUUAUCGUCUUCCGGCAGCAGCACGGCCACCUGCAAGUGCCACCUGGCUUUGUCGUGCCGGCCGACGACGCGUGGCCAAGCGCGACGCACCACUUGCUCCUCGAGUACGUGCAGCCGGCGAUCCAAGCGCACUUGUACGAGCUCUCGGACGACCAGAUUGACGUCGUGCGGUCGGCCGGUCUCGUCACGUCGGUCCCGGAUUUCCGCACCUUUGUGUGCCUCCUCGGGCUCUUCCACACCACGUACGGCGUCUCGUCCGUCUACCGCGACUUUGUCAUACCACUGCAUGACGGCGCGUGGCUGGACGCGUGGCGCGGCCUCGAGCUAGGUGACCUUGCAUGGCGCGUUGGCUUGAACCUCUCGCUUCUCUCCAAGGAGAAACAGACGGCGCUCGCGGGCUUCGACUUCAACACGGACGCGACGUGGGCCCGGAUCCUGCGAGGUCUGGCGCACUUUGAGCACCUCUACGGCCCUCUGGCCGUGCCAGCGUCCUUUGUCGUGCCAACGACAUGGCCCUCGGACCUUCUUGGCCUUCGCCUCGGCCACUGGUCCAAGGUAACCCAGGGCGCAUUCCGGCUCGUGCUUUUGCCGCCAACGACAGCGUCGGCCGUCAAAAAGCUCUUGACGCACGACGUCCCGGUCCCGCUCGAGUGGCCAACGCCCACGACGGUGGCGGAGACGGCGGCGCUCAAGACGCGCGUGCUCGCGAUGAAGCUCGUGGUCGAUGAGGUCUUCAAGCAAGACGUGCCAGAAUCGUUCGUGGUACCGGCGAACGGCGUGGCGUGGCCCGAGGGCAGUCACCGCUUCCCACUCGGAAAGGGCGUGCGCUGGCUGCAGAGUCUGCCGGUGUCGCCUCCGAGAGCCAUCGACGCAGUCGAGAACCAGGGUCCGCUGCCACAAGGACCCCUGCAGGACCGCCCACUGCCAGCAGCAGCAACACGAUCGGAGCCGACGCCACCAACGAGGACGGCGUUGGACCCGCCGAUUCCAGAGCCGUCCGAAGCGUCACCGUCCGCAGAAGAUCUGCACCGGCAAGUGCACGUGAUUGCACUCUACCGCGCCAUGUACGGGUCGGCCGACAUCCCCAUCGAGUUCAUCGUGCCGACGUCCGAGCCGUGGCCAGAGCAGUUCCGCGGGCUGCGACUGGGCGCCAUUGCCAACGAGAUCCAAUGCGCCAAGCGGCCGUACGACCGAGGCUUUGAGCGUGAUCUACGCGCUGUCGGCUUUGUGUGGCACACGACCGCGCCGUCGUCGCGCUGCGUCGUCCGCGACCCGUCGGGCGACCUCGUCGUCGAAACCAUCGACCUCUCGAUUCAAAUUCGCGCGCUCGUCGCGUACUGGGGGCUCGGCGGGGACCCCAAUGCAAUCCCACUCGACUACUACGUCCCGGCCAACGACCCAAUGUGGCCGUCGGCGGCCGCCGGCAUCGUCUUGUCCCAUGUCCCCGCCUCGCUCCGGUACCACUGGUUUGAACUCACGGCCGCGAUGGAAACCACGGUGCGUCGGCUUGGCCUCUUUGAGCAGAUCCCGCCCUUUGAAGUGUUCCUCUCGCUCCUCGAGAAUGCCCGUACGCUGCUCGGCGACGCGUCCGUGCCGUUGGACUUUGCUGUGCCCGAAAACCCGGCGUGGCCAGCCGCGUGGCACGGCGUGCUGCUUGGGCAACUAGCGUGGUUCCUUGGCCUCCGCGCACCCAAAUUACGACCGGAGAACGCGGCGGCGCUGCGCGCGACUGGCUUUACCUUUGGUGCACCGGCGACAUGGGCGCACAUUGUGUCGGGCGUCGGGAUCUACUACCGCCUCCACGGCGCCUCGGUGGUACCGCCUUCGUUUGUCGUACCCGCGACGCCCGAGUGGCCCGAGGACCUCUACGGCAACCAUCUCGGCUACUGGGUCGAGUGCAUGGCGAUGGCCAAACGCCUCCGGCUCCUUCCGCGCAUGACGCUCGACGCGAUCCAAGCGGCGGCUGACGACGCUGCCCGAGUGCGGGCCCGUGGUGAUGAGCCUCGCAUGCUCUCGCUCAUCGAGUAUGGCCACGCGCUCGACGCGCUCUGGACCUUCCGGCACGUAUACGGGCACGUGAGUGUCGCGCCAACGUUCGUCGUGCCUGAGAACGACCGCGCGUGGUCCCCGCCCACUUGGUCGCUCGCCCUCGGCCACUGCGUCCAGCGGCUCAAGGCCACGUAUGGCACGUUGCCCUUCUCGAUUCGAAGCCACCUCGAUGCCAUUGGCGUGCGACCGGACGACGCGCGUGGCCCACAUCCCAACCCUCCGGUGGUCGACCGCUGGCAGCCGUCCGCACCACGAUAGCCCACGAAUAACUGCAUCAAUUUGACAUGAUUUGUGUACCUCGAGGCGUCUUGUCGCAGGGCAACGUGGUGCCAUUCGACGAGUUUGCACUUUGAAAUUGCACUUGAUACACUGAAACUUGC